UGUGCAGCGCUCUGACAGGAUGUCAUCACAGGGGGGUAACGAGCCCCCUCCAAACGGAGGUCAACCAGAUAGCCGUCUAAAGAGCAAGAAGCCGCCGAGCCUUGUGAUAGCGAUCCCUCCGCCUGAGGAGACCAUGACCCACGACCCGGCGAAACAGCCACUUCGACCGUCUCUGAAAAAAAGCAUGAGUCAGGCCCCCGGCUCGGUGUCGGAGAGCGUGGGCGGAGCCUACGAUGGACGCUCCUCAGCCAGAGACAGGAGGGCCAAGUUCGGCAGACAGACGUCGCUCUCACAAAGCAUCCGCAGGAACACGGCGACCUGGUUCGGCGUCGGGGAGGACUGUGAGACCAAGCAGCAGCUAUGGCACAGGAAGAGCAUGCGCCACUGCAGCCAACGCUACGGCAAGCUGAAAGCCCAAUACAGAGAGCCGGAUACGGCCACCAGCAUCGACCAAGGCCCGGAGUCACCGGCCACACAGAGGAUGCCCAAGAUUGUGGAUCCUCUGGCACGGGGGCGAGCGUUCCGCUGCCCUGACGAGAUGGACAGUCGCUCGCCCAGGACGCCGCACACCGCUCACGGGGGUCCCAUCACCCCGGGCGUCACCUCUCUCAGCUCCUUCACCAGCCAGCGCUCCGGGUACAGCCGCUUCCCCAAACGGAAGAGGGAGUCGGUCGCCCGCAUGAGCAUCCGCGCUGCGUCCAACCUGCUGAGGGGUCGUAGCGGCUUGGCGGGCUCUCAGACCGGUCGCAGUUUCCCCAAGAGGAGCUUCGUCCGGCCCAGCUGGAUGGACGAAGAAACCGUGGACUCUACAGACACACCGGAGUCGCUCUUCUUCAGCAAGGUCGACGCCCACGAUGAGUUUUACCACAUGACCGAUGACGUGUUUGAAUCCCCUCCCAUAUCUGCAGCGUUCGCUCCCAGCGAGCCGCCGGACCAGAAGUUCCCGAGCCUUAAGGACGUAUCCAGAACACCGACAGCAGUGCCUGAGAAGAGAUGUCCUCCGGGCGGCCGCAUCGCCUCCCAGGUGAAGCACUUUGCCUUCGACAAACAGAAGCGUCAGUACGGGAUGGGCGUGGUGGGGAAGUGGCUGAACCGCCACUACAGACGCAGCCUCAGCAGCAACGUGCAGAAACUGGACGACUUCCACAGCCACAGACCCUACUUUACCUACUGGAUCACAUUUGUCCACGUGGUCAUCACUCUGCUGGCGUGCUGUACGUAUGGCUUUGCCCCCGUGGGGUUUGCCCAACACUCCACAACUGAACUGGUGCUGAAGAACAAAGGCAUCUAUGAAAGUGUCAAGUUCAUUCAACAGGAGAACUUCUGGAUCGGCCCCAGCUCUGAUGAUCUGAUCCACCUGGGAGCAAAGUUCUCGCCCUGCAUCCGUCAGGACCGACAGAUCGUCAACCUGAUCCAGAGGGCCAAAAACCUGGAGAGAGAGUCGGGCUGCUGCGUCCAGAACGAUAACUCAGGCUGCGUGCAGACCCACAGCUCCGACUGCUCGGAGACUCUGGCCACCUUUAUCAAAUGGAGCGAUGAGGACACUGACAUCAUCAGGUCGUCUGGUUCUGUGUGUCACCAGGAUCCCAGAGUGUGUGAGGAGCCCGCCUCUGCAGAGCCUCAUACGUGGCCCGAUGACAUCACCCAGUGGCCGGUUUGCACGUUUCCUAAGAAGUGGAACCACACGGGCUACAGACACAUGGACUGCAACAUCAAGGGCCGGCCGUGCUGCAUCGGAACCAAGGGCAGAUGUGAGAUCACCACCAGAGAGUAUUGCUCUUUCAUGCAUGGUUACUUCCACGAGGACGCCACACUCUGCUCACAGGUUCACUGUCUGGACGAUGUGUGCGGCUUACUCCCCUUCCUCAACCCCGAUGUGCCUGAUCAGUUCUACCGACUGUGGCUCUCUCUCUUCCUCCAUGCUGGGCUGCUGCACUGCGUGGUGUCCGUGGUGUUCCAGAUGACCAUACUGAGGGACCUGGAGAAGCUGGCCGGUUGGGUCCGCAUCUCCAUCAUUUAUGUCCUCAGUGGCAUCACAGGAAACCUGGCCUCCGCCCUCUUCCUGCCCUACAGAGCGGAGGUGGGUCCGGCCGGCUCUCAGUUUGGCCUCCUGGCGUGCCUCUUCGUCGAGCUGUUUCAAGGCUGGCAGAUUUUGGAGAAGCCCUGGAAGGCCUUCCUCAAGCUGCUGGGCAUCGUCCUCUUCCUCUUCACGUGCGGCCUCCUGCCGUGGAUCGACAACAUCGCCCACAUCUUCGGCUUCCUCAGCGGCCUGCUGCUCUCCUUCGCCUUCCUGCCCUACGUCACCUUCGGCACGUUCGACAAGUACCGCAAACGGGUCCUCAUCGGCGUCUCCAUGUUGGCCUACGGGCUGUUCUCGUCGCUCAUCGUGUGGUUUUAUAUCUAUCCCAUCAACUGGCACUGGCUGGAGCAUCUCACCUGCCUGCCCAUCACGAGCAACUUCUGCGAGAAGUACGACAUCGACCACAACAUCUACGACGUGGUGCACUAAACGACCACGUCAGCUGAUUCCCCCGGUCAAGUGGCCUUUCACCAACGUGCAACCACGUCUCAGGUCUUCUUAUCAGGACCAGAUCGGCCUGGGACGUGCUCAGUCCUUCAAACUCGACUCAGUCUGGAUCUAACUAGCAUGUUGGUUUGCUAACAGGCUAGCCUCAGAAUACUCAGGAAGUGAAAAUGACAAACAGACAGAGAAGAUCUGACGCUUCCUUCAGGUCAUGAAAAGUUGAUCUAAAGGAGCCGGGAAGGCGGGACCCGAGGACCCGAACAAUCCCCGACUAUACGAUUGAGGAAUAAGUGAGAUGAAAAGAGAGACUGAUGCCAAAGAGGCUCAUCAACACUACAAACUGUUUUUUUUAAUCCCUUUUGUAUUCACUCAGCAUGUCGGCUUCUUCAGACCAGAGAGGAAUAUUAUAUAAUGUGUUCACGCUAAUGAUGUCAACAUGGUCCAUACUUGGAGACUUUUCAAUACCACGUGUUUGCAAACGGUACAAUCUGAAGAAAUCUAAAAAAAACUUUACUCAUAAUUUAAACCAAAAUCUGCUGCCAGUAAAUCCUAACGAGUCCCUUUGAGCGUUCAUAAAGAUGCAAACACACAGUUCAUCAUGACGAGAGAAUCCAAAAACAUGGACAGAGGACAGAGUCUGCAGAAUGAGCGUCCGCCUCAGGCUGAGAUGUUAGAUUUUAAAAUGGGUCUAAACCUCGUUAGGGGUACAUGACGGAUACUCGGGACGUUUACACGAUGUGUGCGGCCGACUUCAACUUGACUUUUAAAAAACAUGCAAACAUCUUCGUCUAACUCAAAUAAUACUAAGUCCACAACUUGAAGUCGGACUAAAACACCGAAACAAAGUGUUUUGGGAGUCGUUUCACUCUCGCGUGUGUGCACCUCAGAUCGGGCCCAAACUGUCCGCAACGUUCUGAGCACGCUCCACAGCUGCUGCGCCAGACUUGGACCCAGAAGUCGAGCAGAAUAAAUGUGUAAAAAGAAAGAGAAGAAGAAAAUAAGACGAAGGUUUCAACAUGGCGAGUGAGAGAGAGAGAGUCGUGCAACUUAGUACACAAGUUUUCAGCGUCACACAGUCUGCCGCCUGCUAACUUGUUUGUCAGUUUUGUCUGAACGUAAUUGGUCGACGGGAAGGGGGCGUAUCGCCACCUACUGUAGCGGAGUGGGACAUACUUUAAUCUUCAUUAGAUGACCUCAUCGAGCUUCAUCUUUACCUCGACUUGACCGUGCAUGUAAACGUUCUGACUGUCUGAAUUGCAAACAGGUUAUCCAUGUAGAUAUUUACACCCUGGUUCAAACGAUCCACUGUGCAGCUCACAUAUUUUAACCCUUCGUGGUCACCUGAGGCGUCGUUUCUUUCUCACACCGCCAGUUGCCUUAAACCGACUUUGCCAUUGAACAGAAGAUGCCUCGUGUUGAUGACAUCACAGAGUGUUUUAAGAUCAGCUGUACUCACUGCUGAAGAACACGUUACCAAAGCAACGCUCUGGUGCUGCUUCUGUAAACAUCUUCACCACCUCUGAACCUGAAUACAGUGAGCAGUUUGCAGGAUCUCACAGCGGUGCCUAAACCAUGAUGACGAUGAAAACAACAACAAUCACUGGAAUGAUAUGUAUGUAAGGAGUCGGUGUCUGAACCGGCUGUUUGUCUGAACAAAGUUAGUUUAGUGUUUUUUUUUUGUUUUGUUUUGUCAUCGAGAGAAUCUCAGAACGCAGCGUUGUGUUUCACCUCAGCCUCACGUUUCCUCUCACACGAUCACUCAGUCUCUGCUCCUGAAAUCUGCCCGAAUCGCUCGUCCACACAUGAUCCUCACAGUCUGACGUUCGACCCGAGUCCAACACCAUUAUGAUUAUGUUUGGACUUUAUAUCACUGCUACUUGAGCUCGAUCGUAUUCACAGUAUCAACGAAGAAGAAAGCAGAAAAGAGAAGGAAGAGCUCAGCGGCCUCACCUCUCCUCGAGACACUUCCUUUAUAACUCCUGAUGACUGCUCUCAUCGGGUCACCCUAAACGUCUCCUGGCAGGCUGAGCGCUCUGGAGCACAUGCAUGAAGCGUUUUGUGCUUUGAGGAAAAGAAGCGCUGCAUGUCCAUCCUGUCUCCAUGACAACAGUCUGUUAACAACGGCCGCUGUAUGAUCGACACUGCUCUGUUAAUUUUUACUGCAUGUUUUAUAUUUGAGAUCGUUUAUUUCCCGCAGGAGGCAAAACUACGGGGAAUAUCAAACAUUUGGAAAAGAGCGGCAGUGACGUCGACAGCACCUUUCUGAAAAGUUUAAAGAUUUUCAACUGGAAGCGCUCGGAGUGACCGCACAAAAAGGCGGCGCGCUCUGAAGAAAGACGCUGGGCGCUGCACUUUUUGUCCAGACAGCUGCUACAGACGCUCUCUACUCAGAAAACAAUUGAAAGAAGACGAGUUGUUGUGAGCGCUACACACUGUGUGCGUUGGAGUGUCUGUGUCACUCUGCAAUACUCCGCCCUCCAAACACUAGUUGGCAGUGCAGUGUAGACCAAUCACAGGGCUUGUGAUCUGCGUUGUUUUGUUACAUUUU